CUAGAUUCUAUCGUUGAUAAUGCCACCACAGUGCACAACAGUUUGCGAAAAAUUCGUGUAAAAAUUAAUAUUGAUUGACAAAUUGUGUAGUUGAAGUAAGUCCAAUUGGAAAUUUAAUAACUACGCUGCCUGUGCCGCGUCAUGCAUUAAUGUGUGCACUUCAUUUGCUGGCUGUGGUGGCUGUCUAAAGCUUGCAAAACGUUGCCAAACCUGCUGCUGCAUUUGAGUCUCAUUUGGCCCGUUUUUCCACCUACGCUACGGCAGCAACGUUGACGCGACGAUAAACGAGCCGAAGCGCGUGUGGCAGGCGGGGGGGCACAGCUGAGCUAGCAGUUUGUUUAGUUAAGCGUGGAAAUAAACAAACAGAUUUGUCGCAAUCGCGAACGCAGCCUGGCUGGCAGUCAGUCAACGGGCGUGGGUAGCUUAUACCAAAAGUAAUACGACGACCGCUGGGUGUGGAGGCAGCAACAAGUUGACGGCUAUGGAAGAGGUAACGCUCACGGAGCCCGAGACACGUUUCUAUGGAGAACUGUUUCAAUGCUGCGACGUGGAGAACACCGGCAAGGUGCCCAUGCUGAAAGCAACCGAACUCUUUCGCUCAGCGGACAUUGCCAACGAGACGGUGAUUGAGAUCACAUCAUUGGCUGGAAUACCCGCAACCGCUUUACACAUCUCGCGCGCUCAGUUCUAUUCGUGCCUCAAGCUAAUUGCCGCCCACCAGGCAGCGGUGCCUUUACGUCAGGAGCUGAUUGCCGCCACGGUGCCAUUGCCAUUGCCGCAUUUUGGCUGGAAAGACGCUGCUACAGCGCCAGCGAGUACCUGUGAAAAUGGCCUGGGUGCGCUGCCGCCGCCACCGCCCACCGAUCGUCGUAACUCGCUGCGCCGCAAUUCCCAGCAGCAGCAGCAACAACAACAACAACAACAGCAGCUGGAACAGUUGCAGGACACCUCGGAUGUGCCUAGCACCGAUUCCGAAGUCGAGCAAAACGAAUCCAGCGGUGGCGGAGAUUUUGAUGAGCUGGCGGGCGCUGAUGUUGUCGUCAGCAACAGCAGCCGCGAAACACGUCGACGUGGCGUUGGCCCUGGUGGCUCACCGGAGGCGUGGAGCACUAACAGUGAUAGCCCCACGCCCACCAACAGCGUGGCAGAGCGUCCCUGGGCACAGGAUACGUUGUGGCAGGGCUUGCUCGGUGAUGAGCAUCGCCAGCUUCUGGGCACCGAGGAGGAGUCCUCGGAUCGUCACAGCAGCGACGAUGAUGACAACGAAAGCGAACUGAUUACGCUGUAUCAAAUCACGCCCGAGCAGCGCGAAUAUUACAACAAGCAGUUCAGAGCUGUGCAGCGUGAUCCGCACGGACUGCUCUCCGGUCAGGCUGCGCGGAUCUUCUUUGAGAAAAGCCGCAUUCCUGUCGAGGAGCUACGCCAUAUCUGGCAGCUGUGCGACGUGACACGCGACGGUGCGCUUAGUCUAUCCGAAUUCACAGCUGCCAUGCAUCUGGUUGUGUUGCGCCGCAAUAAUAUACCAUUGCCCAGCAGCCUUCCUCAUUGUCUGCAUCCCAAUGUGCUGGCUAAGUCAACGACAUCGCUGUCGUCAUCAUCAACGGCGCACAUACCUCAAGAGCCGCCCGAGGCUGAUCUCCUGCAUUUGAAUGAUGACGACGAAGAUGAACACACUGACAAUACAAUCAUAAGUAGCUCGCAAGCGAAGCCACGUCCAUUGCCUAAUGACAAGAACAUUAUGAAUCUGAGCAGCAUCUCGACCUCGUCGCAAGCCAGCAACAGCAGCUCUCGACGUGAAGUGACCACAACAACGACAUCGCCCGUGCUUAAGAAUCGCAGCAUUUCCAAUUCACCAAAUGUGGAAAAACCAACAGGAGCGACAGCAACAACAACAGCGGUAGUUAAUUCUACUGCUGGACCAACUAAUGAUGCCAGUCAAUGGACCAAAUUUAGCGAAUCUCCCACGACAUCGACAGCAACUGGAGCUGCGGCAGUUGCUGCAGCCGGCACAGCGGCAGCUGCUGUUCCUGCCGUUUCUAGUCCCGGCCUCAAACCAGCGCUGUUCGAUAUGAAACGCACUGCCCAGGAUGUGGUCUCAAAUCCGCAAAUAUUGCAUCCCGUGCCGCUGCGUGUGACGCCCAUAGGCACAGCCAUUGCCGCAGCUGGCGAUCAAUCAAGUCAGUCCACAAACGAUAUGGACGGCGUUGUUGUGCUGCGCGAGGAGAGUCCCAAGGCCAUGGCAACGACAACAGCAACAACAACGACUACAGCACAAAACAAUCAAACUGGAACGCAUCGCGACCGCGACUCCAUCUCGAUGCAAAGCAGCGAUCUACGCGCUAUACAACGUCCCCAGGCCAAAAAGCUGCCAGCGAAGAAUAUUGGUGCCUUGCCGCCGCCGCCGCAACGUGAGCCAAGCAUUGGCUCCAUUGGUGUCAACGAGCCCCCGGAACAGCCGGCGCCAUUACCAUUGGGUUAUGCAUCAAGCACAGCUUCUGCCAAAAAGGAGCCGCCGCCCUUGCCGCCGCCUCGACCCCAUCGACAUGCGCGCAGCAGCAGCUUAGAUUUGAACAAGUUUAAAAUUGGCACAGCUGGUGCCCAACAGCCCGAGAUAACCGCGCAAGCCAGCUUCGAUAUGCAAACCUCAGCGGGUUUUGCCGAUUUCACGCACUUUGCCGACGACGCGAAUGUUGUAACCGAGCAGCAACAGCAUUCACUGCCGCCGGCACCUCCGCCGCCCGCUUUUGUGCCGCCCAUGCGCAUGACGCUGCAGACGCAACAGCGAGUCUCCGCUUUUGAGGUCUACCGCAAGCCGCAGACGCCGGCCCCAGCACUGGCUGCAGCAGGAUCGUCGUCGUGCAUGGCUGCCGCCCAGCUGCCCAGCGCCGAUAACUUUGAGAAACGUGUGACCGCCAUCAGUGAUUCGUUGCGUCAUGUGUCCUUUAAGCAGAAUCAAACUAGCACCACGGAGCUGCUGCAGCGACUGCGUGAGCAAAACAAUUCGCUGCUGCAUCUGUGCAACGAUCUCAGCGACGAACUGUUGAGCGUGCAGACGCGCAAGGAGGAGAUGCGUCUCAAGCUGGAAAGUUUUGCAGCAGCCGGUGCAGCUGGCGGCGAUUCUGGCGGUGCAGCACCCGCACGCACUGGCUCCUCAAUAUCAGCGCCUAUGACGGCCAAUGUGACUGGCGGCUCCUCCGGCUCAGCCGGUGCCUAUACAAAUGUUUAAGCAGCGUUUUUGUUGUUUCUGUUUGUUGCAUGCAGCGCAUAUAACACACAUCUAUUUAGAAGAGCAGACGAAUUUCGUUUAGCACGCUGCUUAUUAUUAUGUUUCGCUAAUUUAAUUGUAGGCUAGUUAAAUCUCAAUUUUAAAAAUGAAUGAAAAGUAAAUUUGUCAUGCAAGCAACAAUAACAAUAACAAUAAUGCCGCCUCUAUAGAUACAUAUUUAUGCAGAUCAAUUUAUGUAUACUUCUCUUUAGCGCACACAGAGCUAAUGGAACUAAUUGUUAAACGUAAAUGUGUAAAUGUAAAUGAGAAAUGUUCGCUUUAUAAACAAACAAACGAAAUGAAAAGCAAAACAAAACACUGCUCCCUAGAUGAUAUGCAUCCACAAAGUGGCGUCAAUCGUAUUUGAAAAUUGCAACACUCAUAAAGCAUUUGUUUGGCUGAUAGAAAAAAAACACACACACACACACACACCAUUUUUCAAUCUUUGCUAUAUUACAUUUAGUAUGCCCAAAGGCAAUAAAUCAUUAUUUAUUAACUAUUAAUUUUGAAUAACUCGAAACCUGGCUCCACCAGGAAAUACAAAUCCUCGACCUUCUCAUUCAUUCCGGCAAUGAAAAACAAAAUUAUAAUGUUGUGCUAAAAGUUGUAACUUUCGUAAGCCAGGCUUAAAUGUUUAAGUAUUAAAGAAGUUAAAAUUUAUUAUGAAAACAAAAAGAAAACCAUGAUAAAACACAUGCAAACCAA